CUAUCGGCCUAUGUAUCCCGUCGACGCGCCGGGGAAACAUUGAACAGAGCGUACAGCAUCCCGCGCUGUUUCCCGCUUCCCACGCUUCCCGGUGGUUGCGCUUUUCGACGCCGGCACGCCGACGAGACUUUCCCGCGAGUUUCGGAGUUGCAUGCUAUCCCCGUUGCCGGACGGACUGUUCCGGAGUAUAUUGAGACGCGUUGCUGAAACACGCGGGUUUUUAAAUUUUGACAAGACGUGUGCAGAAAUAAUCUUUGAAGUGUAUACGAAACGAGCGAUUUUUUACAAUCCUAUAGACUUUCUAACAAACAGUGGGACAGUUCCAGUGAAGUAUGGCUCGGAAGAAGGGGUACAAUUACUUUUAUGUGGCCGUCAUUUUUAUAUUUACUUUUCUUAGUUUUGCUAUAACGGAUGAUCCGAAGUUCGCAGAGCCAAUACCAAAUGUAACGGUAGCUUUGGGCAGAGAUGCAAGUUUACCGUGUGUCGUGGAAAACCUGGGAUCCUACAAGGUAGCUUGGAUCCACAUCGAUCGUCAAAUGAUCUUGACCAUCCACCGUCACGUGAUCUCGAAAGUGCCCAGAUAUAGCGUGACAAACGAUAACGACAAGACGUGGAUGCUACACGUUAACGGGGUCCAGCAAGAAGAUAAGGGAUACUACAUGUGCCAAGUCAAUACCAACCCGAUGAUCAGUCAAGUUGGAUAUUUGAAAGUUGUCGGUGAGUUGAAUUACUUAUAA